ACUGUAGGUUGUUGUUUAUGUCGUGCUAGCUGAGGUAAAGUUAAGUUGGAAAACCAAUAGUCUCGCAUUUUCAUUAAAGCCAACGACUCCCAAAAACUGGAGAAAAUUAAAUAUCCUUUACAGUGUCAAAUCAUAACAGACCUUAUCUCAGGACACUUUACAGAUAGAUGGUCUUGGUCUAGGUUAACGUUAGACCACACUAAAUAACGUUAGAACACUAGCUAGCUAGCUAAAACUAACCUCCAGGUACUGUAGCGUAGCUAGCAGGUUAUUUUAACGGUAGAACUUGAAAAUAAUUUGUUUUAAAUAUUAAAAGGGUAAGUUUAAUCACUUAAAAAACUUGUUUUUUUAACAGUUAUUCAUGGUAAAAUGAGAAUUGUAUUCUAAGGUAAGAAACAUUGUGAAUGCCUUUAAAAUGAUGCAUUGCUAACUAAUUCAAGCUAAAGUUAUACAAAGUUAAAGCAUGUUUUGCGUUAAAGUAGAGUUCACUACUUAGGCCUACAUUUGUUUGCUGAAGUUCAAUUUUGAAUGCUGAAUAUUAUUUGCAAUUUCUCAAUUGUGGUAUCACUAACCUAACGUUAGCUAACUAGGGAACGUUCCCUGGAGGUUAUUUCAAGGUUCUACAAAAAUAACCUUUACAAAACUUUUAGGGAAUGUUCAGAAAAGAUAAGCUGAAGGUAAAAAAUGUAACCUUAAGAUAACCUUUAGAGAACGUUCCCUAAAGGUUCUUUAAAGUCCAACAAAACAAGUUUAUGAGAAAAUUCCAGAGGGUUCCAAAAUAUUUUACCUUCAGAGAACCUUUAAGGAACCUUCCCUAAAGGGUAUGUGUUUGCUGGGAGGUUACUCAUAUUUAAACUCAAUUAAUUUAUGUGAGAAAACCAUGUAUGUUGAGACCAACAAUACCAUUAGGUUAGCUGUGUAGUUGAAAACCUCAGUAUUUCAUGGUUCUUUUCCAGUGUAAAGGCUUGCAUGUGCAUCACUCAGUAUAUUUGUCCCAAAGUGCAUGUUCUUGGCUUCUUGUCCAUCAGACCAGCUGUGCUGUAGGCUGGCACAAGUCCAGUGUGCAUGUGUAGAGAAACUAUGCAGGGUUUUGGGCUUUUUGAGUUGUGUGAGAAGGAGGGCGACAGGCCACCUGCCAUAGGGGCUUGCCCUGUUUUGGAUCCCUGGCCCUGCCUUUCAACUGGAAGCCAAGUUGAGGUUCUUUCAUGUGGGCCUGAUCUCCUUAAGACAUCAGCAAAUAUUGAACAAGACUCAGUCCAGACUCAAACACAUCUGUUGUCAUAUAGUCUCCACUGUUAGGCAAAGACAAGGAGAAAGAGUGUGAACACCAGUGGGUCUGUUGCAUUAGCUUUAAUGUGUGGACAGAAAGCUAUAGUUUAUACUUUGCAAACACAAAUGCUAACUUUUGACGAGCUUAAGCUAAACCAUGUUCCACUGUAAACAAAUAUGGGGCUGGGUGAAAGAAAUGGAGUUUGGUAUGACAAGACAGCCACUGACUGACAGAUUUGGACUGAAGAUCAGAAAUGAGAUAAGACAAACAGAUAGCCAACAUUUAAUAUCCCUCAGUCAUGUUGUAGAAUCAAUCAGGAGUAUUUUGGGACCGUUUUGGGCAAAUAAGAAGGACAGUUGUAUUUUAGAAUUAGGAUAGAUUAUGGAAUUAAGUACUUUUCUGAAAUACUUGGAUCUAUAAGAGAACGCACAUUAGAGAAAUUGUAACGCAUUCAAAACUUCAAACAGACAAUAAGCCUUACAAAUGCAAAUACAUAUUCAAAACAACAGUAAACAGACUGAUAGGCAUGCAACAAACAGGCUCAUGAACUUGCUGUACGGUGAGCUGAACGGUUUCAUCAUAGUUUUGGUGUUUCAGUGUGCAUUUAAUAUCCUGCAAGUGUCUUAAUGUUCUUAAUAUUUGUUGUCAGAUUUUCAGGUUUUCUGAUGCCACACAAAGUCAUACAGCUCUAUCCAUCACAAAAAAACUUGGGUAGGACUUGGGUUGGGUCAACACUCACAGUAUUCUCAUUGUCGAAACUCACCUUGUGCGACUGGUAUGGCUAGUUAGAACCAGUCUAGCCUCUACACCAAUUGCCUGCCUUAAAAGUUGUCUGGAAGCAGGUAAGGGCACUAACUACAUGUUGUGUUGCCUGCAACCCUUCCUCCUUGACAUCAUAGCUAUGAUGGUUGUGCUACCUCUGAAAUUAACUGGUGCUCUCAGUGGUGACUGAUUAAGUCUGUGGCGUUGUCAAGCUGUUCGUUGGAGGUCGACUGGACAGGUAUAGUAUCAUGUUUUUGUUGUCUAAAUUAUUGUAGAAUAAUCCAGGAGGUAAUGUCAUGUGGAAGUAUUUAGGUAAAGUAGUUUAUUGAGAAUUGUUUGUUUGAUCAGAUAUUAGGCCUAAGUAUGAUAAUGAUAAUGACAAUGUGGCAUGCCAACUACGUUUGGUUUUGCUGAUUUAAUGUAGUUAUAGGUAGUCAUUGUUUGUGUUUUAUUACAAUAUGAUGAGGCAGAGAAUUGCCCUAGAUAGCAGACAAAUAAUACAUUUGACUUUACUUUUGUCUUUGUAUGGUGAAAAAUCCUCUGAAGCGCCAAAUCUACCACUGUUACUACUUUUUUGGCCUACUGUACACCACCUAGAGUUGUAAGUCAGGUGUCAGACAGGAAAUCUAAUGUACUAGGACACAAUAGAAAAAUAUGCUUUUAAAAUCAAUCAAUGGCCACCUUGAAUACAUUAUAAAUUUGGCCUUUGUAGUUGAUAUCAUUUCUAUAGACUUUGUGUUCUGCAGAUAGGGCACUUUGGUGCAUUGUCUUAGGCCUGUACACAUCUAACACAAGGGAUCUUAUUCUCACAGUUUCACUCAAGAUGGAUGUCAAGAAAAAGAACUUCUUGGAGAACUUGCGUCUCAAAACUAAAUUGGUCAACCUGAAGAAGCCAGGGAAGAAGGCCUUUGGAAAGCGUGGAAAGAAGCUGGCUUAUCGGCGCAGUAUUUCUGUACCAGACCUAAGGUUUGUGCCAGCUGAAACAGUUUCUACAGACAAUGUCGUGGUGUCCACUCCUUCUGAUGCCUUCUCCUUAAGCAACUCCCGUGGUGAGAGUGAUACUGAUUCUGUUGCCAGUUGCUCCGUCGUUGAUGGAGCCCUUUUCCCAGAAAGUAGACUCAAAGUUCCUAUAGAUCGCACAGCUGUUGCUUUGAAUAGAAUAAGUUCAACAGUGGGGACACAGAACCUUCAUGAGGAAAAUGAACAGGCACAUGAAAAAGCCAUGGGGAAUGCAACUGAAUUUACUUUUGACCCUAUUCUUAAACCAAGAAGCGUUUUUACCAAUGCACCUCCAACAAGCCCAGACAUUGUAGGGAGAGAGAAUCUUUCUGGUGAAGACACGCCACUAGCCAUAGUGCCUACUGUUGCUGCAGUAUUGGCAAGAGCAAGCUCAAUGGGAGAACAAAUGAAGCCUUACACAGAAAAGAGGAUCACAGCAUUUGAGCAUAGAGAGUCAUCACCUGAUAAAGGAACUCCGCCACCAACCAGAGCAAAUGGUCAGGGUACUUCUUUGGAGAGUGCAGAUGGUACCUCUUCACCUCCUUCCUGUGGCAGUCCCAGUGAGGAGCAAGUAAACAUGCCCUGGACAACAGACUCGGAGGAUCUUGACCGAGAACUUUGCUCUCUCGGUUUGACGGAAGAUGCUCUGCUAGAAGAAGCCCAGCCUGGGGAGGAGCUAGAAGAAACGACAGAGCCAUUUAUGACAGCAGGGUCUGACGUCGAAGCACUUGAACCAUGCCAGAGAUACCUCCUGAACAUCAACCUAAAGCAGGGAAGGAACCUGGUCAUCCGAGACAAGCGCUCCGGGACCAGUGAUCCUUAUGUGAAGUUCAAACUUGAAGGAAAACAGUUUUAUAAAUGCAAAGUGGUUUAUAAAAGCUUGAAUCCACGGUGGAAUGAGUCCUUCUCCCAUCCUCUUCGAGACAGAGAGCAUGUCGUGGAAGUUCGGGUCUACGAUAAAAAUCGAACUGCUGAUGAGUUCAUGGGUUCCAGCACUAUUUCCCUAAAGCAUCUUCAAUUAUACAAAACCUAUGAAAUGGAGUUGCGUCUUGAGGAUCCAAAAAGUAAAGAAGAUGACAUGGGAGUUAUUCUUGUUGAUGUCUGCUUAAUGUUUAGAGAUGCCACCAUCAAAAGAAGCCCUAGAUGGCGACCAAGGAAGAUUAAGCAGAACCAGGCCGCACUAUCCCCACGGCCAGCUGAGACACAGAGGAAUCAGCUGAAGAACCAGAUAUGGACUGGGGUGCUUGGUAUCACCUUGGUGGAGGGACAGGACCUGCCACAGUAUGGCCGUGGGGACAUUUACGUCCGCUUUCGCCUUGGUGAUCAGAAGUACAAGAGCAAGAACCUUUGCGUUCAGGCCAAUCCCCAGUGGAGAGAGCAGUUUGACUUCAAUCAGUUUGAAGAUAACCAGGAACCUCUCCAGGUUGAGGUGUACUCAAAGAGAGGAAGGAAGUGUGAGGAAUCAUGGGGGUUGUUUGAGAUUGACCUAUUGAGACUUCCACUUAAUGAGAGGCAGCUCUACACUCAUGUGCUGGACCCAGGAAAGGGCAGGCUGGUGUUUCUGGUCACCCUGAGACCCUGCUGGGGAGUCUCCAUCUCUGACAUUGAAACAGCUGCCUUGGAGAAUCCUGAUGAAAGAGACACAGUAGUGGAGAAAUUUCGCUUAAAGAACUCACACAAGUGUGUGGGAGAGGUUGGCUUACUUCAGGUCAAAGUUGUAAAGGCAAAUGAUCUUCCUGCCACAGACCUCAAUGGAAAAAGCAACCCUUUUUGUGUUGUUGAGCUCGGUAACAGCAAACUUCAAACUCACACAAUCUACAAGACCCUCAAUCCGGAAUGGAACAAAGCCUUUACAUUCCCGAUAAAGGACAUUCAUGAUGUGAUAGAGUUAACUCUCCUUGAUGAAAAUGGAGACAAAGCCCCAAACUUUUUGGGGAAAUUGGCAAUCCCGUUACUUACUGUUCAGAAUGGGCAGGAGAUAUGUUUGUUCUUGAAGAAAGAAGACUUGGGAGGUACAUCAAAAGGAACCAUCACACUCGUCCUGGAGGUUAUCUAUAACAAAGUCAGAGCUGGAAUCAGAACCUUUCAACCAAAAGAGACAACAUUGAUGGAGGAAAACGUGAAGUUCUCCAAAAAGGUUCUUGCCCGGAAUAUUUAUCGGGUUCGAAAAAUCAGCACAGCAGUUCUGUACACGUUACAGUACAUUAAAAGCUGUUUUCAGUGGGAGAGCACGCAACGGAGUCUAAUAGCCUUUCUGAUCUUCCUCGUGACGGUGUGGCACUGGGAGCUCUUCAUGCUGCCCCUCUUCCUGCUUCUGCUCCUUGGCUGGCAGUACUUCCAGCUCACUGGGGAUAAGGCCAGCCCAAACCUGGACCUGGUGAACAUGAGCAUGGGUGACGACGAAGAGGAAGACGAGAAGGAAUCUGGGAAAAAGGGUUUGAUGGAUAAGAUACAUAUGGUGCAGGAAGUAGUGCUGGCUGUCCAGAACGUUUUGGAGGAAAUCGCAAACAUUGGAGAGCGAAUAAAGAACAUAUUCAACUGGUCUGUCCCAUUUGUGUCGUGCCUGGCCUGCUUGGUGCUGUUUGUGGCAACGGCACUAUUAUAUUUUAUCCCACCACGAUAUAUUGUGCUGAUAUGGGGCGUUAACAAAUUUACCAAGAAGCUGCGCGACCCAUAUACUAUUGACAAUAAUGAAACACUGAAUUUCCUCAAGAGGGUGCCUUCUGAUGUUCAAAAGGUGCAGCACAGCGCGCUGAGAGCGCCCACCAGCCAGAACCAGCCGCGGAAGAAAAGGUAAGCUCCGCGGACACGCUGGAUGAAAGGCUGGUCUCCCUUUGAAUGUGGUACGACGCAGUCCACCUGACAACCAUGCUCCAGUGCCAGCAGAGCCCAUGACCCUGUGCACCCCCACCAUACCACCCUAACUCUGCCUCCUGCUGCUGAGGGGCAGCCAGCCACUCUCUGGCUUGUGUGUUUGCCACCCCCCUGACAGAGGCUGUGAACUGCAGCAGCUAGGAAGGCAGCACAUGGCGCUGUCAAUCACAAGCCUGGAGGUAAAGAAAAGAGAGUGCUGCAAGGCUCAGCCUUCAUCUUUGGAAAUAAUUUAGAAAAGGAAUGAAAAGCUUCGGGUUUGGCUUCCCUUGGACCUCCACGGCUUUGCUUUGCUUUUUUUUUUUUUUACUUUGGUGAAACUAAGAAAUUUGACUUCAGGUUAAGUUAAUACAAGCAGUUUAUGAAAAACAAACCAUCGCAAUCUUUUUUCUAUAUCCACGUGUUAAUAUAAAUAAAGGUUAUAUAUCGCAAUAUAUGUUUAAAUAUUUAAAAUAAUAUGUUUUGACACAUUAAAAUUAUUGGGACAAAGUACUGAAUGUUACUAUUCUUUUUGUGGUAAGGAUCUACUGAAUAUAAUGCUCCCAGCUUUCCUAAUUUAUUCCCAGCAACAAAAAUAUAUUCAUGCACUGCACGUUUAUUAUUUCAUGGAGAAUUUAUUUGUUACUGUAUGUUAGACUGAUUAAUUUGAAAGUUUUAUUUUGACUCACAAUCUUGUCUGCGUCAUUAAAUAGAGAAUUUGCAGGAAUCCUGAAUAAAGAGUCUUGAUCAGUUUGA